AUGUUCUCAUUACAAGACAGUUUAUCUCGACUAAUAUCUCCUUCCUUCAUUUUGUUGUUCAUGCUACAGUUUUCUUCUUCUUUUACUUUUUUCUUCUUUUUUUCUUCUUUCUCUUCUUCUUUAAUUCCUUCUUUUUGUUUUCGUUCUCAUAAUUCUUUUUUCUUUUCCUUCUUCAUUUACUUUUUUCUUCCUUUUUCUUCUUUUUCUUCUCCUUUAAUUCUUUCUUUUUUCACCUGCUUUUUCUUUUCCUUCUUCUUCUUCUUCUUUUUCUUUUUUAGACCUGCUUUUUCUUUUCCUUCUUCUUUUUCUUUUUUAGACCUGCUUUUUCUUUUCCUUCUUUUUUCUUUUUUCCUUUGUCAUCAUUUUAUUUAUUGCUUUUCUCUUCUUUUUUCUUCUUUUGUCUCCGACUUCUUUAACGUCUUCUUUUCUUUCUUUUUUUUUCUUCUCUUCCUUCUUCUUCUUCUUCUUCUUCUUCUUCUUCCCUGCAUUUUCUCACUUUUUCUUCCUUUAUUUUCUCCUCUUGAUUUUUUUGUAAUUGCUCUCCACUCUUCUUCUUCUUCUCCUUUUUUAACUUAUUUUUGUUUCUUAGUAUUUUCCUUGAUGUCUUUCUUUCUUUCUUUCUUUCUUUUCCCCAUCUUUUAUUUCUCCUUAACACGUUUUCUUUUCCAGUCUCCUUCCUCCUCAUCUAUUACUGUUUUUUAUUAUUUUAUCAUUGUUGCUCUUGUUCUUUCUUUUUUCUUUCUUUCUUCUUCUUCUUUCCUCCUUCUUAACCACUGCCCCUCAUUUUCUUCUUCUUCUUCUUUCUAUCUAUUCUUAUUAUUCUUCCUUCCUUCUUUUUUCUUUCCUUCUUCUUCUUUUUCUUCUUCUUCUUUUUAUUAUUAUUAUUAUCAUUAUUAUUAUUAUUAUUGCAAUUCUUCAAAAAUCUUCGAUCUCUUCUUCUUCUCCUUCUUCUUCUUCUUCUUCUUCUUCUUAUAUCAAAUUCUUUUUCUUCUUUUUCUUCUCUUCUUUCAUUCUUUUUCUUCUUCUAUAUUUUCUUCUUUCCUUCUUUUCUUCUUCUUCUUCAAAUAUUUUUCAUUCAUAUUUUUAUUACAUUCAUUAUUCUUAUUUCAUUUUCUCAUCAUCAUCAUCAUCAUCAUCAUCAUCUUCUCCUUCUUCUUCUUCUUCUUCUUCUCUUUCUUCUUCUUCUUCUCCUUCUCUUUCGUCUUCUUCUCUUUCUUCUUCUUUUUCUCCUUCAAAUUCGUCAUUGACCCUUUUCUUACAUUCAUUAUUCUUAUUUCAUUUUCUCAUCAUCAUCAUCAUCAUCUUCUUCUUCUUCUUCUUCUCCUUCUUCUCUUUCUCCUUCUUCUUCUUCUUCUCCUUCUUAUUCGUCUUUUUUUAGAUUUUCUUGAAUAUUUUUCUCCUUCAAAUUCGUCAUUGAUUUUAUUAAAACAUUCAUUAUUCUUAUUUCUUUUUAAUUUUUUUCAUCAUCAUCAUCAUCAUCAUCUUCUUCUUCAUUUUUUUUUUCUCUUCUUCUUCUUCAAAAUUCGUCAUUUUUUUUUCUUACAUUAUUUAUUCUUUCUUUUAAAAAAUCAUCAUCAUCAUCAUCAUCAUCAUCAUCUUCUUCUUCUUCUUCUUCUUUUUUUUCUUCUUCUUCUUUUCUUCUUCUUCUUCAAAUUCUUUUACCCUCGGAUUUCUUCUUUUCUACCCUCUUUUUUUAUAUUGUUUCUUGACUUUUUAAUCUACCUUCACCCAAUCUUUUCAAAUGUUUCACACUCUUUCUUUCUUUCUUUCUUUCUUUCUUUCUUUCUUUCUUUCUUUUUCUUAAACAAAUAUUCUAUAUUCUAUAUCAUAUUCUGCCUAAGUAAUCUUUACGCCCUUUUUUUAUUCCAUCCACGCAACAGUAGACUAGAAGAAGUCUUCUUGAACUCUUCUUUUUUCUUUUUUCCCUUCACUAUUUAUUCUUUCUUCCUUCUUUCUUUCUGUCUUUUUUCUUUCUUUCUUUCACAUAUAAAUAUCCACCCUCAUAAAUUUAGAUCCUAUAACAUGUUUUUCACCUAUACUUCAGAUUUCUUUCUUUCUUCCAUUCUUUCUUCAAGCUUCACUUUCUCUAGUCUGCUCUACUUUAAUCUAUCUAUCUAUCUAUCUAUCUAUCUAUCUAUCUAUCUAUCUAUCUAUCUAUCUAUCUAUCUAUCUAGUUUUUCUACUAUCUCUAUUCCAUCUAUCUAUCUAUCUAUCUAUCUAUCUAUCAAAUUAAAUUCUAUCUAUCUAUCUUUAGCUAUUUCUAUUUAUAAAUUUUAUCUAUUUUUAUUUUUCCUUAGGCAUUUUAUUUUUUCUUUUUUUUUUUUUUCUUUUCUUUUUUUUUCUUUUUUCAGACUUUUUUUUUUUUUAUCUAUAUCUCUCUAA